UUAUUAUAAGAAUGAUCUCUCAAAACUCAUGAAGAAACUCAUCACAGUAGGCGAAGUCGCGGAACUUUCUAAUGAUAUCGCUUUCCAUAGCAGAACGGUCCAUAGAAAAUCCGUUUUUCAAAGGCUGAGUUCGGUUGGAAGAAUGGUCGUUGGUGAACUCGAAGGAAGUGAAAUUAAUAACGAUGAUGACACUGAUAUAAAUUAUGAGGAAUAUUUAAAAACAGAGGGCUCCGAAUCCAUAGGCAAUGCAAAGUUCAUGACAAGUACACCGGUGGAAGACAAUGGUACUGUGAAGCAUAGCAGUACGUUCAUUACUAAUAUUUUUGAAAAUCUAGAUGAAUGGGAAGAGCCUGGACUACAAGAAAAGAAUCAAAUUGUAAGAAACAUCAUCACUCUUUGCUGUAGAUUGGUCUGGAGAUACACGUUAAUACACGUCGGGGGUUCGUUCUAAAAUUUCUGCAUUGCCUUUAUGUUUCAAACAGGUUUCGACUACAGAUGUGCUCCACUUUCGAAGAGCAGUAAAUUUUAUCAACUCUAAAUAUCCCUUUUCACCCGCAUUUGGGAAGACUAUGACGAGAGAAGAAUGUGCUCAAGCCUCUCAAAAUACAUUCGAGAAACUAUUGAAAAAAAGCAAAAGAUCAAACGUGAUUCAUUUUGAUGAUCUAUGUAAAAUUGCGGAAAAUCCUGACGGGACCAGCGAUAGGAAACAGGUCCUGGAAUUGGUUAGAUUGUUUCGCCCGAAUCGUAAAGGCGAGAUUACAAAGUUAGAAUUCGUCAAGUCAAUCGAUAGGUAAGUAGAUAGGGGUAGAGUUUGGUUGCAUCGAUGCUAUUGGUUCCAAUUCUAAUUUUUUGUUUUAAUUGUGUGGGAAUCUGUAGCGUCUACAAACAACUCAGACUUCUAUUGGCAAACAUCAACAGUGCUUCUCAAAUUGAUCGCGCAUGUAAGUUUAACCUGUGAAAGCCCAUGAGAAAUCCCUCAAAGUCUACACUAUUACUCUCUUAUGCAACUUCUUUGUUUCUUUUCUUUGAUGUAUAGACGGGAAGAUCGCAAACUUUGUUUUCUACUUUGCCGUACUAGUUGUUGGACUUUUCAUUUUUGGGGUAGACAUACAGCAUGUAAUUUUAGCGAUCAGCGGAAUCGCUGUUAGUUUUGCUUUCAUUAUUGGUUCAGCAAGUUCAAAAUAUCUUGAGGUAAAUAUUCCCCUCCCUUUUCCUUUGAUGUUGCUUCGCAAAAUUUUAGGACCUAUCUGAAACUUUCAUGUUAUUGUAUUUGCUUUUUUGUAGGGAAUACUUCUUAUUUUGGUUCGAAAACCUUAUGAUAUUGGAGAUAAAGUAUGUUUCUUGGAACCAAAUGCACCUGUCGAUGAUGUUGGUCCCCCAAGUGGUGGUUGGAUGGUGGAAAGUGUUGACUUGUAUACAACAACAGUCCGUUUGGGGACAACACGGGAAUACGCUACCUUCUCAAACGGUUCUCUAGCUAAUUUGAGGAUCCUCAAUUUAAGGAGAUCUGAGAAACCGAAUGUAUAUAUGUUCCUGAAAUUUACCAUGGAUUUUACCACGGAACAAUUAAAUGAAUUUCGUAGGAGGAUUACCGAAUUCAUCAAAGACCGACCAAGAGAAUGGAUCAAAGUCGUCAGUCUUCGCUGUACACAUGUCGAGACGGAACAGCAGUAUAUGAAGUUUGUUCUUAUUGUACAGCACAGAGAACCUUGGCAAAGUUUUGCUACGAUCCAAAUCAGCAAAGGCGAAGUUUACGUCCAUUCAAUACAUCUUAUGCAAGAGUUGGGUAUGAAUUACACUGCUCCGAAAUUACCCGUCCAACUGUCAGCAGUUUCACCAAAUGAAUUGGCAAAAACUCUCGGUGAUGACUAUGAUGGUGAUGAUGGAGGUGAUGAAGAUGUCUUCGGUCACCCAUACAGCAGUUCUCGAUUCGAAGAUAAGAAAGUUGUCACGACUGAAACUCCAUUAGCUCAAGUCAAAAAAAGCACAUUGCAUGAAAGUACCACCGACGGAUCCGUUGCUACAAGAAAUCUAAAUCAAAGUUCAAGUAGUGCUAGUAGCGGUAAAUCACGAGUUAUGUUCGAUGACGAAGUCACUACCAGAGCCGUGAAUGCUGUUGACGGGACUCUUGUGAGGAGAAAGGGGAAACGGGGUUCUACACGCAGCGUGGAGCGAGUCUCAUCAAAAAAUGACGAGGUAAAGAAUAAAAUUAUAUGAAUAUAAAGCAAUAUGCAUUGA